AUGAAUGACCCAGUAUCGAAUACAGGUAAUAAUAUCAGCAAAAGAACGUUUUCCCGUACUUCCAGACAUGCUGAGCUCCACAUAUUCCUUCGGGAAGGUCUGGACAAGUGUGAUGAGAUUUGCUACAAAGACCCAGUUUUGAAGGACCGGCCAUGGAGUGCUUACAUUGAUAGUUCUCCCGGUUCUGCUUGUUAUUUGGAGUUCGAUAUUCCUUCAAGAGGAAGUCGAUCAAGUUCCUUCAAAGAGACCAGCAAAGCUUCCGAUCUUAGAGAAGCCGGCUCCUCCUGUUGUCGACUUCAUGCCACAAUCCCAAUCCAAUCUAAUUUCUGA